AGAGACAGCUGCUAUGAUUAUAAUGGACGCGUUGUAGUUUGGACGCGUCGCUCGCAGGGGUGUCAUUUGUCGGUCUCCUCCUCUCAAUUAGACUGAUCAGAUGUGACCACCUGUGGUGUGUGCAUGACUAACAGGAGCCUGUUGCUUGCGCGCUUAUUGCUUUAGAGCGAUCUGUGAUUAUGCGCGUUAUUGAAGAUGAGUAGGACGCUUCGCGGAUAGAUGCAUUUGUGUUCGUCUUCAUUUAUAUUUUCCUCUCCUCGUCCUCCGCCUGCAUGUGAUGAAGUUUGGGCGCGUUUGAGAUGCACUAUGUGAUGCACGAGUGAUUCAGCUAGCGGCGUGUCUAUAGGAGAAUAGCGAAAGCGAGAUUUGCAUUAUUAGUUUCCGCGAUGUCAAUCAAAAAGGCAACAUUGACGGAGAAUGGGGUUAAAAACGGUACAUCAAGAAAUGUGCUGGAACGAUGCGCCUCGGUCAAUGAGUAUUUUGAUGUUUCCUUUAAGGUGAUGCUUCUGGGAGACUCCGCUGUGGGGAAGACCUGCGUCCUGGUGCGCUUUAAAGAUGGUGCCUUUCUGGGAGGCAACUUCAUUGCCACAGUGGGGAUAGACUUUAGGAAUAAGGUGGUGACUGUGGAUAAUAUGAAAGUCAAACUCCAGAUUUGGGACACAGCCGGUCAGGAGAGGUUCCGCAGUGUUACUCAUGCGUACUACAGAGAUGCUCAGGCUUUACUGCUGCUAUAUGACAUCACAAGAAAGACCUCUUUUGACAACAUUAGAGCCUGGCUGACUGAAAUCUAUGAGUAUGCACAGAAGGAUGUGGUCAUCAUGCUGCUUGGCAACAAGUCAGAUAUGGCAGCUGAGAGGGUCAUCACACUUGAGGAGGGGCAGAAGCUGGCUAAGGAAUAUGGAGUUCCUUUCAUGGAGACAAGUGCCAAGACUGGUGUCAAUGUGGAACUUGCUUUUCUUGCCAUAGCAAGAGAACUGAAGCACAGAAGUGCUCAGCAACCGCACGAGCCCAAGUUCAAGAUCCACGAUUACAUCGAGUCACAGAAGCAGAAGUCCAGCUGCUGCGGCAGCCUCAAGUGACCCCAUUCCACAUGUUCAUCAACACGAGAGAUAUUUGUACACAAACGUGUGUGUGUGUGUGUGUGUGUGUAUGAAAUGUGCAUUGUUCUGAUGUGUCUCUCCGCUUCAUAGUCAGGAAUAUAUAGCCAAAUACUGUGGGAUUUAAUGAGGUACAUCACAGUAAUAAUGAGUUUAUGGAGGUGAUGUCUGCUUUACAGUCUGUUUUAAAUCAGGUGUAUACAGUAUUCAGGUGUGUCCCAAUAUUCCAGGUAGGCUACCUAUGUUUGUGUAAUGUGAUUCCCAGACUUUCUCUAAUGAUUAUAAUCUUUAUCCACACACAGUGUAAAUGUCACUCUUAUUACAUUCAUUAUACGCUUUGCAAAUGUGCUCCAACUGGGCAUUGCUGUGGUUUUUAGAUCAAAUUCUUUAAACCGUACGUUUGAGUGUCAGAAUAAAAGCAUACAGUGGCCCCAAAGUAUUCGAUGUCUUUGCAUAACAAAAUAUCAAACCAAGUGACAUUUAUUAAAUAGAUACCACAAGCACACUUUUCAAGCAAAACAUUUACAAUGCACAUUUUAGGUUUUCAAUUAUUAAAAAAUAUUUAUUAUUCAAAAUGAAGACAAAAAUGUAAACCAUUAUUUAAAGGUUCACGGAAUAUGUUCCUAGUUAACGUGAACUACACCCGUAUUAGCCGGGACGUCCCCCUAACUAAAAAUCACCUUAAUGCUCCGCAGCUUAUAAAAGUGAAGUUAGUGCUGAGAAAAGCUAGCAUUAUUUGUUUGUGGAUGCGCAUUGUAGUGUCAACAUUCUUUAAAUACUUUUUUGGGGCCACUUAACUAUAUAUUUCCAAUCAGUAUAUAUCGCCUAGAAAAGAAUCAUAGCACAGCUUGACUGAGUCAGGCCUGAUCAUAACUCAAUGUGUUUAUUUUUGCCCUGCACACGUGCAUGUCACCCACUCAUACCUGUCACAUUCAUUGUUGAUUGUCUGGCACAGAUAUUGAUAUGAAACUGCUACUGAAAUGAAUUGUAAAGUAUUUAUAAUUCGUCUCAUGCGAACACUCAGUUUUCACAGUGAUCACAAAGUGCCAUGAGAAAGUCAUUGUAUCAGCAUAUAUACUGUAUAUUGUUCCACCUACACUUGUUUUGUAAGAGAGGGAUUUUUGGUUUCAAUGUUUGUUUUUCCAUUGUUUUGAAUGUUUGAUAUUUAAAGCCACAGGGUGGCAGUAUUACAUACUGCGAAUUGCAAAUAAACAAUGAGCUUAAUUUUUGUGUUGCCUUGCCUUUGUAAUUUGUCUCUGUCCUGUACUUUUAAACAAAGUUCAUUACUUUUAUGUGGAUAUCGGACAAGAGAAGAUAUACAUUAAGCUGAAUGAGUAAUUGCUUGUGUUGUACUGUUCCUUGCAAGUUGCUUUGCAUAAAAGCAUCUGCCAAAUUAAUAAAUGUAAA